UACUAGGUCAAACAGUGUAAACGAAAAGGCGAAAUAAAGUUGAGCGAAACACUUGUAUUUUCUCCGACGCGGAAUAUUAUUUUAAUAGUGUGGACUAAAGACACUAUUUUACAUGGGAUUAUACUCGUUGGAUUCGUAGGCAAGAAGCUAAAACUAAACUACUCGGGCACUUGGCUCGGUCUACAACAACAAUGGAGAAGUGGAGGAGUCACGUGCGUGGUGAAUUGUUCAAAAGAGACUACCUUCAGAAAGAUCCAUUUCAUGGUUUAUUCGAUUCACUUUCAAGUUUGGAAGAAAAGGUUGGUCUGCGAGACAAACUAUUGGACAGUCUUCAGACUCGUGAAAGACAUGGAUGUGGAGCAAACGAUGAGCUGUCACUCAAGCAUCAGCUGGUCUUAAGGGAAAGUGAACAGGAUCGAAUGAAGUUCAGAGAACAGCUCAGAGACCUCACUGCAGCCCUUUAUCUUAAAGAGGCAGAGCUGCAGUACUGCCAUGCACAGGUUGUCCGUUUCCGCAAUGAAGCCUUGGUCUUCGGCCGUGAAAUGGCCACUUUGAAGACCAACAUGGCUGACUACGAGUACUCCCUGGAGCUGCAAUCUAAGGAACUGACCUCUCAGAGAUGGGAGCUGGUGGCUCUAAGAAAUGAGCUCUCUGCUGUUCGGCAAGAGAAAGAGGAACUUCUGGAGCGCUGGAUGAAAGAAAAGAGGCUGGAGGCAAGCCGAGUUAACAAAUACAAUCAAAUGCAAGAAAGGUGGCAGCGUUUUGCUGAACAUAUGGGCACCCGUAACCACCCAGAAGCUCAACAGCUACAUCCAGCGGAUGGUGAACAGGAUCUGACAGAUGAGCCUUCGGUCAUGAAGAGUUAAUUUCAGUUGGUUGCAAUUUAUAGUGGUUGCAUAACCAAGACAUUUUAAAAUAAGUUAUACUUAUACUGUAUAUGUUUGCACAUUUUAAAAUAUUUAUUUACAGGAUGGGGAAUACUAUUUAAUGGAUCUUUGUUGUAUUUGAAUUGUGCAAUUGUAAGUAGGUGCAUUAACUACUCAAUGUUAGAAAUGGCUGAUACCUCAUUUAAUUUUCAGAUACCUCUAAUGUUUACUUUUGUGAUGGAUUUGAUCAGCAUGUUUCUGACUUAAAACUAAUGUACUAAUUCCUUAUUCACUACUGUGCAUUUAAGUAUAGGUCUUACUUGAUCAUAACAGAUUUCUUUUAAUUCAGUCUGCAGUGAUAGCAUUUCAGUGUUUUUCUAAAAAUACAACAAAAUAAAAACAUUCAGCGUA